AUGAGGCAACAAUUAGCUGAAGCAGAAGCGGAAGUAGAAGUUUAUGAACAAGUCGAAAAUGACCAAGAAGAAAUUCCCGUAUUUGUGAAAAAGGAACUUCUGACGUCGUACACGAGUAAUAAUAACCUGAAGACUAAAAUAACUCAAGAUAGCGUGACCCCAUCACUCCACCCAGUUCAGCAAAUUAGGUCAGCACCUGAUAAACCUAUGAAUUGUAAUGUACCCUCCUUCAGACCUCAACCAGAUAGCACACGUCCAUCCCCAGUACUGCAACAGACCUUGGUGUCCAGCAACGAACAAACAGUUCAUUCUCCUACAUUGGAGACUGAAAAGAGUCAGCUGUGCGAUAGCAACAAAGUUAUUCUAGAAGCACUAUCCCUCCAGAGACUGCCAAAACUUACACCGAAGGUUUUUGAAGGUGAUGAAAUGGAAUUUUUGCGUUGGGAAUCUUCCUUUGAUGCCCUAGUUGCCUCGAACACCCAUGAUUCCAAGACCAUGUUGCAUUAUCUAUGCCAGUUUCUGAAAGGAGAACCACUGAAGAUGGUAGAACAUUAUCAGGACUUGCACCAUGAUGCCGACACUGCUUAUCGUCGAGCCCGAGAAGAGCUGAAAUACCGGUAUGGCAAUGCCAGCAUUCUCACCGCGAGUAUCGACAAGAGGCUAACGAAUUGGCCUAAAAUUGGGAGAGACUACAACCGAGAACUCCUGCAUUUUAGCGACUUCCUAAACCAAGUUGAGGUGGCCAUGAGUAAGUACACCGCCCUAAAGUGCUUCGAUUGUUCCAGAGAAAUUGUGAAGUUGACAGAAAAACUACCUGGAUGGGCACAGAACGAAUGGAAACGGAAGGUGUGGAAAUACAAAGAGACCAACGGCGAGGAAAGUUUCCCUCCAUUCUCGAGUUUUGUAGAAGCAAUGAAAACGCUUGCCCGUCGUGUCAACAUGCCCGAAUUUGGUGGAAUCACGAAGCAAGAAGACAGCCGAAGAAAGGAGUUCGACAACCAAAGGACAAAAAGAAAUAAUUCGAAUAGGAACAUCACAUCCUUUGGUACUCGAGUUAACCAAGGAAAUAGAAAUGAAGAAUCAGAAUCAUUCAAAGAAGAAUCUCAAAACCGUAGCCAACGGAAGAUAUCCUGUUUCCAUUGCCAGAAAGACGACCAUUCUCUCAACGACUGUAAAGAAUUUCUUGCGUUGACCUUCGAUCAGCGAAAAACUUUCAUGAGAGAAAAACGAAUAUGUUUUAACUGUCUAAAAUCGACGAAUCAUAUUGCAAAAAAAUGCGAUCAACACAAACCUGAGUGUGGGACAUGCAACCAGAGGCAUGCAACAGCUUUACACGAUCCACAACGCCAUCCCAGUGAACCUAGAACAACCACCCAUUGCAUCCGAGUUUGUGGCUCGUACCAAACCACCAAGUCAUGUGCCAAGAUCGUACUUGUAUGGCUUCGUCAUCCAUCCGUCCCGGACACAGAAGUUCUUACUUAUGCCCUGUUGGACGAUCAAAGUAACGCAGUCCUUGUUAAGCAGUCUGUCUUCGAGAGAUUCGGAAUCAAAUCAUCCCCUACGAAUAUAAGAGUCUCGACAGUCCUAAAUAAGGAACAACUUAUCGCAAGUAGUCGUGUACAGGACCUCGUGGUCUCAGAUUAUCACCACCAAAAAUCGAUACGUCUACCCACAGCCUAUACCCGAGAGGAUCUCCCCGCAGAUUAUACUGACAUUCCGACGAGAAGAGCAGCCAGUCAAUGGAACCACCUAAAAGAUAUCGCGAAAUAUAUACCAGAACAACGUAAAGUGGAAAUUGGCUUGUUGAUCGGCCGAAAUGUGCCACAAGCAAUGAAAACCAGAGAAGUAGUAAACGGGAAAGAUGAUGAGCCAUGGGCGGAGCGUUACGACCUGGGAUGGACAAUAAUAGGUGACGUAUGCAAAGGAUCCGAGGGGAACGACAGCGACGAGACAUUCAAGAUUAAUCGAAUCGUUAUACGUGACAGUUUGAUGGCCAAAGAAAUCUACACGACCUCGGAUGUCCAACGAAUGAUGGAACUCGACUACUCCGAAAGAAAGGCGGAGCAAGGAGACAACACAAUUCACUCGAUUGAAGAUCGAAGGUUCUUACAAAUCCUUGAAGAAGGAAUCAAGAAAGAUGCUGAAGGGCGCUGGGAAAUGCCGCUCCCAUUUAGAGACGAAACUCCCCCACAUCUACCUGAUAAUCGUCCACAUUGUGUCAAAAGAGUGAUGUCUCUGAAGAGAAAGUUCGAAAGGGAUCCAAAGUUGUUUAAAGACUACGCAGAAUUUAUAAAAAAAAUAAUUACCAAGGGACAUGCAAGCAGAAUCGAAGACAGUGCAUCCGAAUCCCAGCCAAGACGAACAUGGUACCUUCCUCACUUUCCAAUUUACCACCACCAGAAACCAGAUCAAAUCCGAGUUGUUUUUGACUGCAGCGAUACGUUUCAACAAGAAAGCCUCAAUAAACACCUCCUUCAAGGACCAGAUCUGAUGAAUAAGCUUACAGGAGUGCUCAAUAGAUUUCGACAGGAAGAAAUUGCUGUGACGUGCGACGUAGAGCAGAUGUUCCAUAAUUUUAUGGUAGCUGAAGAGCACAGAGAUUACCUUCGUUUUUUGUGGUUUCAAGAAGGAGACGUGACAAAGCCCAUCGUAACGUAUCGUAUGAACGUGCAUCUGUUCGGAGCAGUAUCCAGCCCAGGAUGUGCGAACUUUGGUCUUCGCAAAACAGCGCAAGACGGCGAAAGUGAAUUCGGAGAAGAGGUUGCGAAUUUCGUACGAAAUGAUUUCUAUGUCGACGAUGGUUUAAAAUCAGUCAAGACAAUAGAAGACGCCGUCAAUCUUAUCACGAAAUCGCAAGCAAUGUGUGCAAAAGCGGGACUUCGCCUUCAUAAGUUCGCCAGUAAUUCCAUUGACGUCCUGGAAGCCGUUCCAGCCGAGGACCGCGCCAAGGAGAUAAAAGACCUCGAUUUACGUCACGAUACCCUCCCGAUUCAACGAUCGCUCGGGACGUAUUGGUGUAUAGAGUCGGACACGUUCCAAUUUAGAAUAACGUUAAAGGACAAACCCUUUACACGCCGCGGGAUUUUGAGUACAGUCAGUUCCGUUUACGACCCAUUGGGAAUCGUAUGUCCAGUGAUUCUCACUGGAAAACUGAUCUUAAGAGAACUAGUUCAACAAAAGGCGGAUUGGGAUGAGCUCGUGUCGGAAGAGAUUCGCCCUCGUUGGGAAAAAUGGAGAGCAGAUUUGAAAGAUUUAGAGAAAAUGGAAACCCGCCGGUGUUUGAAACCACCAAGUUUCGGAGAAAUAAAGUCUACUGAGAUACACAGCUUCGCCGAUGCCAGUCAGUCUGCAGUAGGACAAGUUUCUUACAUGAGACUGGUUAACGAUAAAGAUCAAGUCCAUGUCUCGUUUUUGACGGCCAAAGCGCGAGUUGCCCCUCUGAAACUCGUGUCCAUACCCAGACUUGAACUCACAGCUGCUGUUAUUUCUGUGAACGUUACACAACAACUUUCGAGGGAUCUAGAUUAUGACGUGGACGCCAACACCUACUAUAGUGAUUCAACAGUCGUCCUUGGAUAUAUCCAAAAUGAUGCCCGCCGCUUCCACGUCUACGUAGGAAACAGAGUACAAGCUAUAAGAAGCAAAACGUCCCCACAGUCGUGGCACCAUGUGAGAGGCAAAGAAAACCCAGCCGACAUCGCUUCCAGAUCCGCCACACCAAAAGAAUUAUUAGAUACUCCCACCUGGCUAAACGGUCCAGAAUUCUUAUGGCAAACAGAACUACCUGAGCAUACCAGCUGUUCGCCUCUCCUUAAUGAGAACGACCCAGAAGUCAGAAAAGUCACAGUCCAUGCGGUUCAUGUGAACUCACAAGAAAGACCCUUGGACAUGGCCAUCCUGAAUCGUUUCUCGUCGUGGUUUAAGCUAAAACGUGCGAUAGCCUUAGCGACUAAGUACGUCAAUAUACUCCGAACCAGAGUAUCUCAGAAAAGAAGAGGUCAAGAGCCAGAUGUCCUCGGAAAAGGUUUGUCUACGUCUGUUCUAGUUGAAGAUUUGGAACAGGCAGAGCAUAUUCUCAUAAGAAAUAUCCAACAGCAUCAUUUCCACGAAGAAAUGGCCGUCUUACAGAGUCUAAAAGACGGUCAGUUUAAAAAUAACGUAGAAACUAGAAAAAGAAACCAGACGCUUAAGCACUUCAGUUCACUACACCGUCUAGAUCCGUUCGUAGACCAACAAGGCAUUAUUCGAGUUGGAGGACGGAUUAAACGAGCUGAGGUCUCAUUUCAAGAGAAGCACCCAGUUGUCCUUCCAAAAAGGAGCCACCUUACCGAACUGGUCAUACGACACCACCAUGAAGCAGUUCAACAUCAAGGUCGUCUCUUGACUUUGAAUGAGAUUCGACAUGCUGGCUAUUGGAUAAUCCAUGGUCGAGCCACAGUAUCAAACGUCAUAAAUAAAUGUGUGAAGUGUCGCAAACAACGAGGUACAUCUGAAACUCAAAAGAUGGCCGAUCUCCCAUUUGACCGCAUGAAAGAAACAGCUCCAUUCACCUAUGUCGGAGUAGACGCCUUUGGCCCCUGGCAUAUUAGAGAAGGCAGAAAGAGUGUAAAACGAUACGGAAUUAUAUUCACCUGUAUGGCCUCACGAGCUAUACACCUGGAAACGUUGAACUCUAUGGACACGGACAGUUUUAUUUGUGCAUUAAGACGGUUCAUAAGUAGACGCGGAAACGUCCGACAGCUCAGAUCGGAUAGAGGAACCAACUUCAUCGGAGCAAAAGGAGAGUUGGCGCAAGCAUGGAACGAGAUGAACCAAGACCACGUCCGUCAAUUCCUUCUGACUAAGAAUUGUGAUUGGAUUAUGAAUGUUCCCCACUCGUCGCAUAUGGGAGGUGUGUGGGAACGACAGAUAAGGACAGUCAGAUCAGUCAUCUCAGCUAUCAUGACUGAACUCGGUGACCAACUCGACGACGAGACCCUACGCACGCUCUUCGCAGAAACAGAAAACAUAGUUAACUCUCGUCCAUUAACGGCAGAUGUCUCCGACCCGGACAGUCCAGAACCUAUUACACCUAUACAACUACUUACGCUGAAAUCAAAAGUCGUACUACCUCCUCCAGGACAGUUCAGCCGACCUGAUGUCUACAGCCGUAAGAGAUGGAAGCGGGUCCAAUUCUUAGCAAAUCAAUUCUGGCAGAGGUGGAGACGCGAGUACCUCCAAAGCUUGCAAGUCAGAAAGAAGUGGCAAAAUCCUAAACGGAACCUGAAGGUUGGUGAUAUCGUUAUCGACAAAGACGAAGAUCUUCCGAGAAAUCAAUGGCCGUUAGCAAAAGUAACCAAAACCUACCCUAGUGAUGACGGUUUGGUUCGAAAGGUCGAAAUCCAAAAGGCAACAAGCAAUUUGGACAAGAACGGGAAAAGGAAGAAUGACUUGAGUUUUUUCGAACGACCAAUUCACAAGUUGACAAUGUUAUUAGAAACAGUAGAUUAA